AUGAAAAUUAUUUUAUACUUUUUUACUGCUUUUGCGUCAAUACAGGAGGAGGUUAUUGACAAAGUCUAUAAUGAAGUUAUAAAUUAUACCAGCAUACCGGAUUUUUCAAUUAACACUUCUGAAGAAGCUAUUCAUGUUGUCAUUAUUACUAAAGAUUAUAUUUUUAUUAAAUUUUUUGAAUUUCAAGUCGAACUUAAAACAGAAUUGAUCGCCAUUAAAGCCAGAAAUACAACUCUAUAUAAUUUGCAAGAAAAAUUAGUAGGAUUUAAAGGUCGUCUGUCCAAAAAAACUUUAAUAGUUAAUACGUCAUUGGCAACUUCUACAAUUACACCCAAAGAUGUAGAAGCAGUCUUUAGUAAAGGUUAUGAGAAAGUUAUUACAGGAUAUUAUAUACUGAAUGGGCCCAGAAUGUAUAGAGAAUCUAACUGUGUAGGCUUAAUACUCUGCCCAGAUGGACUAUCUAUACAAUUCCAUAAAUAUGAUAGAAAUAUUAUGAAUAUAUACAUUUUACCGGUAAAUCAAGAAAGUUUUAUUCACAAAAUUGUUUGUGAUUUUUUAGUGGAUCAUAAGUCAAUAUUUUUUACGGAUAAAAAGUUUACAAGCGAUUUUGUCUUACAAUCGUCUCUAUACCGCUUUUUAUUUAAUUAUAUUUACCAUUUAAAACAAUUUCGGGGUUUUAAUAGUUUUAUAUCAAUCAAUAAACAUUCUGUCACCUUAACUAUCAGUAGGAAGCCGUUGAGAGCAAUGAAGCUUACAGAAACAUGUUUUGAAUUUUUUGAUAAUAAAAAUGAUUUUGUCAUAAAAAAUAGUAAUAGAAGAAGAGGAGCAUGGACAGAAAUAUUUAGUUUUCUAGAGACCAUCGAGAAACUGAAAGUCAAUUCUGUUCAUUCGAUUACAUUUUUAUAUGAAAUAAUACGAUCUGACAAUGCUGCCUUCUUAUUCUUACUAACCAAUAUAGUAAAUAAUGAAAAUCCUUUGUACGGUUCAAUAAUAACUGUAAUAUUAUUCUUGCUAGGAUUGCACAAACGCGAAGAUUUAAAAUGUAUUUUAGAAGGAUCAAUUACUUUGUGCGAUAGAGCGAAGCUUGAUUUGGCAAGUUCUAUUUUUGUUAGUGAACUAAUGAAUUUUGACUUUCCAAAAAACUCACCACUUUUUUUAGUUUUCAAAUAUUUAAUAGUUGAAGCUGCAUGUCAAGAAAUAGAAAAUUUAGGUAAAGAAGGCAUUGUAAAAUUUAAAAAAUUUGAAUUUAUUCAAAAAUUGUGCGAUAUUUUUACCUUUUCUGAUAAAAAAAAUGUUUUUUUGAAUUGUUCCAAAAAACAGUACAGUUUAUUUUCAAAGUUUUUUUUCAAAGUGGACCCGUUACAUAACUUAGUAGAUAUAAUUUUUUACGUUUUGUAUGCUUUUAAUAAAUUUGUACUUAAAAAUGACAAAUUCUUUUUUUAUAGUAAUUGUUUUGUCGGUUAUACAGCAGACGCAGAAACCGUUAUUAGUGAACUGUUUAGAAGUUAUCUUACGAUGAAUAAAGAUUAA